AUGGAGUCGUCAAGAAUUAGUUUGCGUCCAUUUAGAUUAACAGACGUUGAUGAUAUAUUAUUAUGGGCAGGUGAUAAACGUGUUACUAGUACCAUCCGAUGGGAUACUUUGACCACAAAAGAAGAAGCCUUGAGUUUCAUCAAGGAAGUGUGUAUACCUCAACCUUGGCAUAUAUCAAUAUGCAUCGAUGAUCGAUCCAUUGGGUUCCUAUGGGUAAUUCAUCCGGCCAUGUCGGAUGAUAUUGAAGCUGUAGAGAUAGGUUACGCGAUUGCAGUUGAGUAUUGGGGGAAAGGAAUUGCUACAAAGGCACUCAAAAUGGCAAUCCCUCGAAUAUUCAAUGACUUCCCUCAAAUAGUAAAGAUUAUCGCGUGUGCUAUUUCGAAGAACAAGGCUUCUCAUAGGGUUUUGGAGAAGGCUGGGUUUCACUAUGAACGUACAGUGACAUUACAAGGCGAGUUCAAGAAAUAUGGAGAUAAGGUUGAUUUAGUAGUUUACAACUUCACAAUUAUAUAA